CUGUGCCGUGCGCGAGGAGAGGCGUGGCCGACCAGUGGGCGGAGACUCAGGUGCCUGGCUCUGGGCGUACGAAGCGGAGGUGGCCGGAAGUGGGAGCCAUGGCGGAGGCGGCGGCCGAGAAAGUUUACUACAGGUUCCUUGUGCUUUUCUUCAAUUGCCUCUUGACAUUUGGCUCUUACUUCUGCUUUGAUAUCCCCAGUGUUUUGCAAGAGCAGUUUCAAGGGAAUAUAACCUGUCCCAAUGGAACACAUCACAAUGGCACAAGACAGAACGGGUCAGCUGAUUGUGUGGAAGGUCUGGGGAUGACACCUGAAGAAUACAACCUUUUGUAUGCCAUCUAUGCCUGGACCAAUGCACUGGUGGUGAUCGUGGCUGGCUUCUUGAUUGAUAAACUAGGAAAUCGCUUUGGGGUCUUUCUCUUCUCUUUCCUUACUGUUUUGGGGUCAUCCAUUUUUGCUCUGGGCUCGCACUUCAAAGGAACACCGUACCUCUUGCCACUGAUGCUGACAGGCAGGUUGCUGUUUGGCUCAGGAAACGGGUCACUAACAAUUGUGCAGAACCGCAUCACUGCCUUUUGGUUCAAGGGGAAGGAGCUGGCUCUGGCUUUUGGGCUAACCCUUUCCUUCUCUCGGCUUGGGAGUGUCCUCAACUUCUUCUUCACCCAGCAGUUUGAAAGUCACUAUGGUAUCCAGUGGACUCUCUGGGGAGGCGCUGUGCUGUGUGUGCUGGGCUUUGUUUCGGCUGUCGUGGUCAGCAUACUGGACAAAGUGGGCACAAAGCAGCUGGGCUUGGAUGGGAUGAUCCAGCAAGAGUCCAAGAAAGUGCGGGUUCAGGAUGUCCGACACCUGCCACUUCGCUAUUGGCUUCUGGUUCUCACCAUCAUGUUCUUCUACAAUGGGGUCUUCCCUUUUGUGGCUGAUGCCAGCAAGUUUAUCCAAGAUAAGUAUCCUGGCUACAGUCAACAGGCAGCUGCUUAUAUCGCCGGAGCUGUCUAUGAUAGCUCCCUUGUUCUCUCUGCAGUAGUUGGCAUACUAAUUGAUUAUGUUGGACUUCGAGGUGUAUUUGCUGUGGGUUGCGCAGUGCUGACAUUGCCUGUAUUUGCCCUCCUGGCUUUCACGUUUGUUCCACCGCUUGUCUCCACCAUCUGGUUGGGCAUCACCUACUCCUUUGCAGCAGCUAGUAUGUGGCCCUCUAUCCCCCUCGUGGUCCCACAGGCAACCUUGGGAACAGCCAUGGGUCUUGCAACAUCCGUACAGAUGAUUGGAAUUGGUGUCUCCAAUGUGAUUGUGGGACAGAUUCUGGGAACAAAGUCCAGUGAAUUAAAGAUUCCUUUAUGGCGCUGGCAGCAGAUGAUGAUCUUCAUGCUGGCAAACACAGUCGCUUGCAUUUUUGCUUCUGUCAGCCUCAACAUAGUGGAUAAGAAGCAGGGUGGAACACUGAACCGCUUGACGAAGCGCUCAUCAACGGAGCAAGUGGUCAGGCAGCCUGUGGAUGCAGCCCCACUCCUCAACGAGGUGGAAGACGAAGGAUCCAUCAACUAAGAAGCUUCUCCAGGAGCUAUGUGGUAGAACCCAAAGUGCCAGUGGAUUUCUUUCUUCUAAAACAUUGCCUGUGUUUAAUAAGGGAAUUUAAAGAAUAUAAGCCCAAACUUACAUGUACAGAUCCCUCUCAAGGCACUUUUACACAUGUAUGCUGGGCUUACAGUAGGAACACGAUUUUAUUACACUACAGAAGAUUCCUGCAGUCUGUCAAAAAAUUAAAUUAAAAUAAAAAAUAAUUUUUUAAAUUUAAAUUUUAAAAAAAUUAAAGUCCUGCCAAGGAGGCCUUUAAUGCCCACGUCAGGGAAGCAGCUACUGCUUCAGCAGCACAAUUCUAGGCAUGCUUAAGUCUGGUUCAUUUAAUUUAAGUAUGCUUUUAGGAAAGUGUAUAGGAAUGCAGCCUAAAGGUGUUUUUAGGUUUUCUGGUCUUGGAAUAAUGCCUUAACAGGAAGGUAGUUUUUGUUGAAAUAGUUGAAGUAGUCCUUCUGUCAUGCAGUUGGUUAAUGUAGGACUGUUUUCCUUCCAGCUUAUUGACUCCAUUGCAUAGGUAGAAACUGUCUGCAUGUGAACACUUGCAAAUCACACAGGGAAGCAACACUCAAACCAACCUGAUGGUUCUACUCACAUCAAUGGGAUUUCAAUGUGUACAUCUGCAUUUUUAUAUAUUCUAUCACUGCCCCAUUUCCUAUCCUGCCCAUUGAGCCUGGAACUGUCCCAAGGAGUGCUUCUGUACAGCCACAACACUCCCACAAAAACUUGCCUUGCCUUCAUCCCAUGGCCCCUCAGGUCGGGCUUAGUGACAACAAACUAUACGUAACAGAAAUAUUUUCUUCCUUCCUCUGUUGUUGCCCUGUAUCUAUUUCAGAUUGCAAUGCCCUGUUCUUUGUAAAGUGUCAUAUGCAUAAAUGGUGCUAUAGUAAUACUUGUGCUCAUAGGAAUAGUAGACAUCCAUUCUAAGUAUAGCACAAGCCAAUUUUAUCUACUGGGGAACUUGAGAAACUGUUCUCUCAGACUGGCGCUUGGGAUAGCAGCAUCGUCUGAUCGGUUUUGAAAAGACCAAACAACCUCAAGCAUUUGCCAACACUUGAUUUCAAUUAAAACAAAUGGGACCUACAAUAAAAAGGUUACAAUGUGGUUCAGGUUUCCAUGCACAACCUUUUUUAGGUUUCUUCAUUACACGUAACAUUUUUCUAAGUUCAGAGUUGGUUCUGACUGUUUCCCCAAGUGCAAUUAUUUCUGCAUAUGCUGGGAUUCCUCCAUGCCUGCCACUUUUUUGUGUGGAAGGUGCCAUUUGGAGAACGUGACUGGACGUUCUGCUGCGUUGGCUGUUAGCAUGUGCCUGUACAUGCAGUGAUAGCGAGACACAUCACCUUUGCUGCUUGUGCAGGCAUAUACUUGAAGGCGAGAUGCUUCACAUUACCAUUCUGAUUGCCUUACCAGCAAAAUACCACAACCAUUGUUAGGGCAAAUUCUCAGCAGACAGUAAAAACACAAACUGAGCAAAUAUGGAAAACAGUUUCUCCACCUAUAUGAGUCAGUUCUCCCCAAGCCACAUAAAACACCUUUCCUGAUGCUAUCACGUCUUGCCAGACUUGUUCUGGAUCCUGAAUGUGGUGCAUCAGCAACAAAUGGCAGCAUGUGUAGGAGGAAAACCUACUGGCAUCAGUCCCAGACCUUCUUGCAAUAAGUUGGUAGAGAAGCAAUGCCCAUUUGAGGAAACAUUUAUAUACUCCAUGUGAAAAUAAUGCCACGAGUGAUGGAGGUUGUCUGUGUUGCACACCAAAGAUUGCUUGCAAAGCUGUAUUUAAUGACUGUUCAGCAUUUGAUAUGCUUUCACACCAGAGAAGCACAACGAUGUAAAUUUAGUUCCAUUGGUGUCGGCCUUACCUUCUCCAACUGAAUGACAUGAGUGUGUGCCUCACCGUUUGCAAUUGUCCACAUGUGUGGACUUUCCAGCCACAGUAUGUUGCUGGAAAUAAAAUAUUACUGUCUUACCUACCACUAAGCUCUUGCUGUACUAGUGGUUGAAGUUUAAAACCUCUGUGCAUGUACCAUGGCAGUAUUAAUUUCUGUAGCACUUUACACAGUGGAAGUGUUUUCUAGUCUUUCCAAAAAGUACGCAGCAUGGCACUAAUACUUUCUAGCUUGUAACUAGGGAAAGGGAAAAGGGAAGCCUUUGUGCUUUAAACUCACACAAUUGCUUGGAUUAUACUGGUUCUCAAAGUCUUCAAAAUAGUCUUUUCUAAUUCUUUGUGGGGGGGGAAAUGCUUAACAAAUCCAUUUUGUAUGCACUAAAUGCUAUACUGCAAUGUCAGAUUCUUAAACGCACAAUUAAUUGCUCUUGACCUCUGCAAUCUUACAAUAAGCAGACCAGUUCUUAAGAAAAAAAUAUUUUAUAAUCAGAGGGUCUCCAACUUUUGAUUAGGUGCAACAGCUAGCUAUUGCUAGUCAUCAGCUACCCUCCUCCUCCCAAGCCCUUGCCACAUCCUGGGGAUUCUAGUGAAGAGAAGUAGGGACUUAUCCUUUCCUGGACAGUUAUGAAAGCUCUCUGGAAUUGUGACUCCCAGCCCAUGCCUGAAUUUAUAUGCAGCCUCACUUUUCAAGACUUCAGAAGGGAGGAAUGACAAACCAACAGGAAGCCUAAGUCAAACCCUGCAUGGGAGCAGACUUAAACUUUUCACGUGGAAUCGGCUCCACCAAGGGCCCUCCCUGCUUUUUUCAUCACCAAAGACAACCUGCUUUGUGUGUGAAAUCCUGUAAAUUUUGAGUGGAUUUACUUUAGGCUUGUAGGAUUUCCUUGGGUUUUAUUUAAGGUUCACUGUUGCAACCCAGCUGUAAAAGGUGGCAAGGACAAUUGCAGCUUAUACCCUGUGAGCAGGUGGGAUGACCUCUGUAUGCAAGUACAAAUUUACGACAGACCAUGAUUUCUUCUUAAUUUAUACGAUGCUUAUUGCUAUUAUUUUUAGGAGUUUAAAAACCUUGACAUGCUACUUCAGACCAACCAGCACAGUAGCCACCUAUCCACCAUCUGCCAGAUCCCACUGUAUUGAAUUAUACAAGUGUGUGUUUUAGUUAAUGAUCCUGAACAGUUAUCCCUCAAAUUGUAUUUCUGGAGUGUUGAGAAUCAUUACUCUUGACAUCUUGACUAAGGUGUGUGAUGAAAUAGGUGAGACUAGCAUCUUAUUGAACAGUAUGGAGAUGACACGACAGAGCCUGGUUCCAUUAAUAGCCCGAUAAUAGUUUCAGGGUGAUUAGCAAAUUGGCAGGACAGCUCAUACAUUUUCUCAUCUGAACCUUUUUUAAGGUGCGGUCUUCUACAAUUAUGAAUGCUAUCACUGUACGAAUUUGCGUACCCUUUCUUGCACCCCUUUUUUCAACUUGUUUUUAAUACUUGACUGACCUUUUUAAAUGCUUUGGACAACAGUAAAAUGUGACCCCCAGGUUUUCUUCACCAUUUCCUUCACUCAUCCAACCAAAGGGUGAGGAACUGAGUGCAACAGUCACGGUGCCAGCAGUCCUCACUGUGCUGGAGCUUUUUGAAAGACAGGCGUGCAUGAUUACAGUGUUGACUACCGACAGCUGCAGGUGAGGCGUAUUUCCUACAAAUAAUGCAUUUUGACACAAACAGUGAAGGACAUUUUUGAAAGUAGUACACUUUGAAGCGAUCUAGCAAGGCUGUUACGGAAUACUCGCAUCUCCUACCCUAAAUACCGUUGAACACUCUUGGAAUAAGUCAAGCACAGCUCUGUUGCAUUGGUUGUAUUGGAUCAGAACUGCAUAAUUUGAUCCAGUUGCAAGUUUGCCGUCAGCUCUGUGCUUCAAAGUGUUUAUCUUACGAAAACUGGAGAUCAUGCCGUGCAAAUUUAAUAUGACACAAACAUACUCCAGUAGCAGGGGAAGCAGUAGCUCUUACAAGUACCAUGUAGCCUUUGUGGUGGUGGAAUUUAGUAAUAUGAUCAGGGAAAAUGUAUCACUCAAAAUUACAGGACCAUGUUUCUGAGUUAUAGAUGGAUAGAUUAGUCAGUGUGUUAUCACCUGAAUUCAUAAAAGCUUGGAAGAAACUUGACUGGGACUGAGACUGACAUCCCAGACUUAAUUGUUUGGGGUUAAAGCUUACUGAAUGUAGAGGGAACUAUGCCUGACUGAAAUGCAACUCUAUUCAGAACUAUUUCCAGUUGUUUCUCCUUGCUUCAACACAUCCAUUACACCUAGUACAUCAACAAGUACUUCUAUUCCACUUUGAAACAAAAUUAACAGAAUGCUGAAAAUAGUUGCUUUUACUUUCUACUUCAGUUUGUAGAACAAAAAGAGGACCAACUAUGUCUUACAACAUUUUAUUAUUUAAGUUUCUUCAGUUGUCAAUUGACCAUGACUAACACUGAAGGGCACAGGAUGAUUACUAUAAUGGCAACACUGUUCAAUUUUAAAUAUGGGGCAAGACAAAAGGUUAUCAUUUAAUCCGUUUGAUGGAUCAGAUCAGUAAAGAUCUGCAGACGACUAGACAAUUGUCUUGAAGGGCAGCUAUUAUUUUUCAACUAAUGUGAGAACAGAACAGAUGGUAUAGAGGUGAAUCUGAUAAAGUGAACUCUUCUUUCCGAAUAAAUGAUACAAAGUCAACCUUAAAAGGCAUUUCACUAGAACAAAAACAUCCCGUAUAGGAGAUAGUAAGAACUAGAACAGAGAGAAAGGUCUUCCUGUUUGCUUCCCUGUAUCGAUUGUAAAUCCGGAGAAAAGGCACUGUUCAUACUACAUCUGUUCAAAGCUGUGGGAAGAAUUUGAAGUCAAUGUAGUAUAGUUCAUGGACUUUGGAGGAUAACACAAAUAAACUGAUUUAUUGAC